UAGCUUCUCGCUUUGAUCGUCCGCGAUGAUUUAGGUUUGCCGAUGCAGUGAAGGCACCUUAGUGUUUGCUAGUGGAGUCGAAGGUCGUAGAGAGGAAAGAAGGCAAAGAAAAACGGACAGACCUCAUAAAGACGGUCUCCGGGAGUACCAGAGAUUUCAAGUGACUGACUGCUAGUCGUUCGUUCACCACCAGCAUCGGGUUCGCAGUCACAGCAAUGGCCGGCGAUUCAAAGGGUCCAACAGUGAUCGCAGUCGCGGUCACUUUUGCAGUCUGGACUUUCAUCAUCAUGUGUCUUCGGCUCUUCUCUCGUGUCUUUGUUCUACAGAAGAUGGGACUCGACGACUGUCUGAUUGUUUGUGCUUGUCUGACUUCAUGGGCCUUUUCUGCCGUCACGGUCGUGUCGGUGAAGUAUGGGUUGGGUUCGCAUAUCGAGGACGUCGAUCCGAACAAAAUGGAGACUUACGCCAUGGUGGUUUGGAUCAGCUCGAUGUGUUACUUGGCCACAUUGGGCUUCGUCAAGUCGUCCGUUUGUCUGUUCUAUACUCGUCUCGGCGAUCGGCUUCUGACCCGGCUCUCGAUGUGUAUGUUAGGCGUGAUAGUCGCACAGGCUUCGUCGUUUGUGUUGGUGGCAGCAUUUCAGUGCCGACCUAUUGAGAAGGCGUGGAAAAGCACGCUCCCGGGGACGUGCGUGAACAUCAACGUAUUCUACCUUGCGAACGCGGCCCUGAAUAUUUUGACAGACGUCAUGACGUAUACCCUGCCCCUGCCAGUGAUAUUCAAGCUCCAGGUUCCGGUCAAGCAGAAGGUUGCAUUGGGGUUCAUCCUCUGCAUUGGGUUAUUUGCCUGCGUCUCGUCAAUCAUUCGCAUUACGUAUAUUCCUGCCAUGCUGUCCGAUCCAGAUGCUACAUGGGUGAUUGCCGAGGCAAUGUAUUGGUCCGUGAUCGAGAUCAAUGUCGGUAUCUUCGCCUCCUCCAUCCCUUCGUUCAAGGCGAUUGCCUCCCGCUUCAUCCCGAGACUUAUUGGAGAGUAUUCUCGCGAUAAAGGGUACAGUGGUUGGUCCAGCAGCAACGAUGGGAAGAAGUUCUCCGGCUUUUCCAAAGUCCCAGAGCAGAACAUUGGCCUGGACUCCAUGGAUCCUCGACACCCGGACGGGGAUAACGCGAUUGGCACGCAGAUCGGGUACGGAGGGACACAGAGUCAGGAACGAAUCAUCCCUCAUGGCAAGAUCUAUGCACAUACAGAGAUCGAGACGAAUGUGGAGGUCAGUCGAGACCUGUCAUGUCGUACGCUCUCCCAUUCCCCUUGAAGGGAUUCACAACAUUACCCACUUCCAGCGGUUUUAUUUUCCAUGGUGAUGUCCUUCGACCCUUUCAUAUCAUUCUAAUUUCUGCAAAUCGCUCCUUUGAUUCCCUAAGGCUUGUGUAUUAAAUUCUAGACUCUCUUUCACUUUCAUUUUCCUUUUAUUCAAUUCCUUUUUAUUCCUGGCUUUUACAUGGGGGGCAUAGCGAUC